CCCCGAUAAAAACUGCUUAAUUGUUUUUCAACCAUCCAACCGAUGCCAUCUAAAGGACCUGUCAAGUGGGCCGACACUAUCUGGACACAUCGCGCAAGGCUUGUAUUUCGGGGCCGUCUAAAAACCAACUGAGCAUGCGUUGCGUUGGCCGUUAAAAAGAGCAGAAAAAGCGAGCGGCAAGCGACAUUCCCCGAAUGACUCAGCCGCUGCCUGCAAUUUCAUAAGAGCACCAUGACGUCAAAACCUCACGGGCUUCACUUUUAGUAAGAGAAUGGAACAGAACACUCUUAUCUAGCCGAUUGGCAAGGAACACUCCUACUUGUCGUCACUAGUCAGCGAAAUUUGCAAGCACUUGUGAAACAUCAGAACAAAACAAAUCAGCAGUGCAUUUGCUAUUCCAACAGGCAACGACAUGAAGCUCUAUCAGCUCUAUGAGCGCAAACAAUCCGUGCUGCGCGAGAUGAUGCUGCAAGACAUCCAGAGCCAUGUCAACACGCUGCCCAAACUGGAGAACCACAACGUCGGGGGCUAUAACUUCAGCAUGGUUCUGGAUGAGCCGCCCAAAUCGCACUGGAUGUUUUCGGUGAAGCUGAACAAGCUCUACAUCCGGAUGAACAAGACCUUCAACGUAGACGUUCAGUUCAAGGCGAAGAUGCCCAUCCAGCCACUCAAUCUGCGUGUCUUCCUCUGCUUCACCAAGGAUGUUAGUGGUCCAGUGUUGCGCUGCCAGAAUCACCUGAGCGUGGAGCCAUUGACCGCCCAAAACGUGAAGAUGCGCGAGAGCUUGCUGCGCAGCGAGAAUCCCAACAGCGUGUACUGCGGAACGGCCCAGGGCAAGGGCAUUUCUGAACGUUAUUCCGUGCUGAUCCCGCUGAACAUGUGUCGAUCUGGCAAUCGGAGCGCGGGCCAUGUGCGCCAGACGCUGGCCUUUAAGUUCGUCUGCCAGAACUCGUGCAUUGGCCGAAAGGAAACCAGCUUGGUCUUUUGUCUGGAGAACGCAGGUGGCGACAUCGUGGGUCAGCAGGUUAUGGAUGUCAAGGUUUGCACGUGCCCGAAACGUGAUCGCAACCAAGACGAACGCCAACUGAAUGGCAAGAAACGCAAGUCCAUCGCGGACGUCACCGAUGAUGACGAGCAGGAUAUUAAGCCCUCAAAGAUGCGUCGUCGCACGGUGUCGUACAAAAAAGAUAUAAAGAUGGAGGAGACGGAGAGCAACGACAGCCACGACAGAGACACCAGUGAGUCCAUCACCGAUUGGAACGUUUCAACCACCAAGGACGGGGAAUACCGCUUGGCCAUCACCUGCCCUAAAAAGGAGUGGCUGCUGCAGGCCAUUGAGGGUAUGAUCAAGGAGGCGGCGACUGGAGUGCUUCGAAAUCCCAACCAAGAGAAUCUGCGUCGCCAUGCCAACAAACUGAUGGCCCUCAAGAAAUGUGCCAGUGAGCUGCCUUGACUUUGGAGGUGGUCAACAUUUUUACUACUUUAUACAGUGAACCGCCAGAAGCCUUUGAAAUGUGUUACAGUUCCGAGGUAUAGGUGUAAAUCUCUUAAGUUUGUAUUAAUCUUUGUUUGUUAGGCGUCUAACAGUGAUAUUCCUAUGCGGUCUUGGCAUGCACAAAGCCAAAAAAGAAAAGUUUUUUAUAUUUUUGAUAAUACUAUACUGCUGUUAAUUUCAGUUAUAAGAAACUAAAAGAAAGUAAUUUAUAUGUAACACAAGGAAUGAAAUCCCCACACUCUGUACAAAUAAGCCAAAAGUGAACUGAUUAAAGAGCUGUCAUGUUUUGCAAGCGAA